GCGGUUAGGAACCGAACCGCGAGGGCUGCGCGCGUUACUCUAAAAACCACCCUCCAUUUCCACGCCGGAAGCUGUAACUCCCGCGGCGGAAGACGCGCAACUUGAUCUCGCUAUGUCCACGAACAAUAUGUCGGACCCACGGAGGCCAAACAAAGUGCUGAGGUACAAGCCCCCGCCGAGCGAGUGUAAUCCAGCCUUGGACGACCCGACGCCGGACUACAUGAACCUGCUGGGCAUGAUCUUCAGCAUGUGCGGCCUCAUGCUUAAGCUGAAGUGGUGUGCUUGGGUCGCAGUCUACUGCUCCUUCAUCAGCUUUGCCAACUCCCGGAGCUCUGAGGACACUAAGCAGAUGAUGAGUAGCUUCAUGCUGUCCAUCUCUGCCGUGGUGAUGUCGUAUCUGCAGAAUCCUCAGCCCAUGACACCCCCCUGGUGAUGUCAGCGUCGAGGGGUCUCAUCUGGACCCUCUCUAUUCACCUUCUCCCUGGCCUGGCCUUUGGCUACUCAACCUUCUGCACUCAGCUGCUGACUUGGACUUCCCUGAGUGAGGUGCUCUCAGGGUCCCCAGCUGGACAGAGGAAACUUGGCCCUUUCCCUUGGGUCCCACUUCUGCUGGGGCACUGAGGGGGAAAAACAGGCCUAUACUUCCUGUCUCCCCUACCCUGCCUGCUACUGGGGGAGAUGCUGUUCAUGUUUCUAGGUGUGUUCACUCAUUUUCUUGUUGAAAUUGUUAAUAAAGUUUCUCACUCUGGCU